AUGCGACUUCGCGGUGUGUUUCGUGCAGCCAAGCUGCCCAACGGACAACGCGCCAUUGGCACAAAAUGGGUGUUCAAGAUCAAGCGUAAAGCGGAUGGAUCUAUCGAGAAGUACAAGGCACGACUUGUGGCCAAGGGUUUCCGCCAAAAGUAUGGCAUCGACUACACGGAGACGUUUUCGCCUGUGGUCAAGUAUGUGACGCUGCGAAUGGUGAUCGCAAUUUCCAAGCAUUUUGGAUGGCCCAUCGACCAGCUUGAUGUGGUGACAGCUUUCCUGUAUGGCGUCAUGAAGGAACAAGUGUUCUGCGUGAUUCCUGAAGGCGUCGAACUUGACAGUACGUUCGACUGCCUGGAAUUGGUGAAGUCAAUUUACGGCCUCAAGAAGCCACGAGUGUGGAACGAGACGUUCGACGAACUUCGGACGGGCCAUUGCGUGUUUAUACUGGUCUACGUGGACGACGUCUUGGUGACUGGAAGCUCGCUCGAGCUGAUUGCACAAACCAAGAACGACCUGAAGACGCGGUUCGAAAUGACGGACAGCGGCAAGUGUGCGUUUGUUCUUGGGAUCGAGCUUUUGGAAUUCGGUGAAGAUGGCAGUGUGACACUAUGUCAGCGUCGGUAUUGA